UUAAUGGGCCAUUGCUGCUUACUGGUUAGUGCCACUCUCGACCUUCAGUCGCAUUACUGCUGUCAAACGCCUGACGGCCUGAGAGUCGCAGUAACAGCCAUCGAAUGCAGCCGUGAGUAAACGCAAGUAGAGGGCACGAAGAAAAUGGCGACUUCGGGAGAUUUGAGAGUCUCUGCAGCGCUGGUUACUCAUCCUACGAACCCCAUUCGAAGCUCUUUGCCCCCUUCGAAGGUGGAGUAUAGUCGUUUCCUUAAUGGAGCAUCUAGUGUUUCUGAAUUCAUGCCCAGAUGGUCCCGUGCACUACUGGAUGGUAAUAGCAUCCGCUGCCAUUCAAAACGACCUCUUGGGAUCACUGCAGAAGAUAAAAUGUCGAGAAAUUCCAUUAGUCAGGAAGCUGAGAGAUUCCUUCUUGAUGCCAUUAACCUGAGCUUCUUCGAUCGUUUGAACUUGGCUUGGAAGAUAAUGUUCCCAUCUCCUACAUCAAUAAGGAACUCCAAUGCAAUGGUUGCCAAGCAACGGUUGAAGAUGAUUCUCUUCUCUGAUCGAUGUGCAGUUAGUGAUGAAGCAAAACAGAAGAUAGUGAGCAACAUUGUGAGAGCUCUAUCAGAUUUUGUGGAGAUAGAAUCACAAGAUAAAGUUCAACUGUGUGUGUCUACAGAUUCAGGCCUCGGUACUGUUUACUCUGUCACAGUACCUGUCCGGCGGGUGAGACCAGAGUACCAAGCUGAGGAAGAAAUUGGAGCCAUAACAAACAUCGAGUAUAAAGGUGCUGGAGAAAGUUCUGGUUCUGUUGAUGUCAAGUUUGAUUUCUAUGUUCCAAAUGAAAAGUUCAACGAUUUUAGCGUGUGACUACUUCGUAGUUGCAUGGUAGUGAGUGGUGAUGCUCCUUCUAACUGUUUGGACUUGAUAGUCUUGUAGAUAUUUCAAUUUCUUAUAGGUGGUUGAAGAAUUUUACAAAGGUAAAUGUGCCUCUUUAUGUGAAUGUCUUCAACUCUACAAUGUUUCCUAUUGGCCAUCGUAGUCCGCCGUUGGAAUUUUAGGUCGCGGGUUCAAACUUUACCGCCAGUCCCUUCCUUGGUAAAAGUUUUCAAUAUAUAU